AUGAGGUAUCUGGGCCUCAUCCUGGACGGAAGAUGGAGCUUCGGGCAGCAUUUUAUCCAACUCAGCCCGAAGCUCAUCAACUCUGCUGCGGCCUUAGGUCGCCUUCUACCCAACGUAGGAGGGCCGGAAACACCUUGCCGGCGUUUAUACGCUGGCGUGGUGCGCUCUAUGGCAUUGUACGGUGCACCCAUUUGGGUGGACUCGUUCACCGCUCGUAAUAAGGCUCUUCUGCGGAGAUCGCAGAGGGUCAUAGCGGUAAGAGUGAUGCGGGGUUACCGUACGGUGCCGUGGACGGUGGCGACACUUCUUGCGAGCGAUCCGCCCUGGGAACUACAGGCGGAAGUGCUUGCGGAAGUGUACCGGUUCCGGGUGGAAGCAAGGUCAAGCGGCGAUUGUCCAGGAUUGGUGGAGGUAAAGCUGACGCAGGUGCUUACCGGGCACGGCUGCUUCAGUAGGUAUCUGCACCGGAUAGCGAGGCGAGAGAUGACACCCUCCUGCCACGAGUGCGGCGCGCCUUCGGACACGGCCCGCAACACCCUGAUUGAGUGUUCCGCAUGUGGGCCUCAGCGCCAUUCCCUGGCGGCCAUUAUAGGCAGAGACCUCUCGCUGCUGAGCGUGAUAAACGCUAUGAUCGGCAGCGAGAGAUGCUGGAAGGAAAUGGUCUUGAACUGUGAAAACGUGAUGACACACAAGGAGGCCGCGGAGCGGGAGCGUGAGAACAGUGCUGCCGCCCGCUUCGCCGAAGAAGACCGGGGAGAAGGCGUCUUCGUUAUGGACACCUUCUCCUCCCGCCAUAAGUCUCGCCGGGGAUAG